AUGAGCGCCACAGAGGUCACCCUCGUGGUUCAUGAGGGGCAGGUCGCGAAGGUCCCAGCGAGCUCGUUCCUCUCGGGAGAGUGGAAGCAGUACACGGCGAAGGAACAGGCCUUGGAAGUAGUCUUCAAGGAUUGUCUUCCCAUCAAUUGCGCAGAGUUCCAGAUUGGGCUGUGGAAAGCCAGGGUGCUGAAGCAAGUAGCCCUGGACGAAACGAUCGGGGCAAAACACUAUGCGAACCUGCAGGUCUUCCUGAAACCCUCCAGGGAUGUGAAAGCCACCGUUCGUUAUGAGAAAGGUGCCUUGCAGAUAGUGCCGAGCACACAUCGAGUCGAGCUGAAACCAGCCGGCAGCAGUGCUGGGUCUAACAUCUGCUGUGGGACGGCAGACAUUCACGGGCAGAGCUACGAUGUCCUUUUGAGCUCUUGCUUGCAGCAGAGCCCGAGUCAAGUGCUGCACCCAUUCUGGGUGUUGCGCACCUCCGCAAAUGCUGCGGAGAGCAACCUCGAGCUGACACCGAAGAAUCAUCUCGUUAGGAAAUUGGCAAUGGACAAAGAUUCCUGGCACGUCCCCAUUGCCAAGAACUCCAAAAUCAUCAACCCAGGCGACUCCUUGAUCCUCUACAAGCCUGCGACAGGUGCAACGCCAGCACCUUUGGUGCAGCAGGGCAUGUGGGCUCGCCUGACCAUGGGCAGGGAUGUAUUCUCGCCCAUGACAUGUUCAGUGGAGCAGGAGCAUGAAGAAGGCUCGCAGACAGCGAAGCAAGAUCAGAUUUGCGUCCGCAUCUCUACAGCAACGAUGUCAAAGCCGUCCCAGAUGCAACAGGUGUGGGCGAUCACAGGGGGAAUGUUGAAGAAGAAAGCGAAGUGGCUCGUCAAGACAAAGGAGGUGGAGGACAAGCUUUUCGUCAAGAUCGACAAAUGGGACCGUUCUUUCGUCCCGUUUGUAACGGGCCACUCCGUUCAGCUGAGGAAAGACAAGGACCCACACCAUCUCAGUGUCCAAGCCUUUCAAGACCUGAUCGACUUGCGGAAGGAAGCGUGUGACCGCGCGUACAACAAGCACAUUCGGGAUGCAGCGGCAAUUGCAGGCGACCUUGAACCCCCCCAUCGAAGUGCUAGGGAAGCCGACGUCUAUGUGGCGGGUCGAUAUGUGGAGAUGGAUUGUCCGGAGGUAACGUUCGGCGAGGACUCCAUGCCGGCACGGCGCAUUGCGGUUUUGUGGUCCGUGAAAGAUCCCAUUCUCUGGGUGGAACUUACCCCGGAGAACUUAGACUACUUGGCACUAUAUUUGCGCCGGGGCUUGUUCGAGCAUCGGGAGAGCAAUAAGGGACUGCAGCGUCGCCGGAAGAAGCUGCGCGGGGACGCGAAUGCCGUGGUUGCCGUUUCCCCCAAAAAGAAGUCCCGCCGCGGUCGCAAGCGCAAGGCUAGCCCCGUCCAAGAACCUUUGCCCAUGCACGAGGAGACCCCCUGCAGACCACCAGCAGGCGUUCAGGAUUCCGACUCGGAGGGUGACAUCCUGAAGGACAUUCUCGACUCAUAG